GUAUUUCGCUGCUACAAACGGCGCACCAAUGCACCAUACAUUUUUACGUAAUUUGUCAUGGCAGAAGUAAGUUCAUUGAGUGAGUCGGAAAAUUAUGUGGAAAGUGAUUUCGAAACCUCAUCAACAGAAGAGAAAAAGAAGAAAAAUGUUUAUCCCAAGAGGAAAAGAAAGUAUCAUCAUUUAUCCGAGCAUUUUUCCAAGUCGAAGAACAAUGUAAAAGUAAAGUCUAGUUCCACUGCUGGAAAAACUUUUACUUAUCUUGGAAAAACUAGGAAGAAAAAAAAAUUCAACUCUUAGUGGUGAUUCCCUUCAACAUUCUUCGCAAUCCGUACAACAGCCACAAACUGUUUCAUCAUUCACUACCCAUCAUUCAGCACAUGACAUAGCGACUGAUGAAUUCCCAUCAGCUAUCAGCCUUGAAGAUCUUGAUAAGCUAAGAAGAGAAGUGAAAAACGACUUAGAAAGCAUGCAGGUAAGACAACAUCGAACAUGGCAAGAACGACAAACAUUUGGUGCAUGGGGACAGCAUGCUAGAAGAAGAAUUUUUACAGAAUAUGUAUCAAGACAGCCACUAUUUCAUUCAAAAUGUGACCAGUGUCAUGGUGAUUUGAACUUCUACGCUGUGAGAUGUAUGACCUGCAAAAGACACCUUUGCCAUCAAUGUGAUGCAAACACACACUCCAGCAUGCCAUUUUAUCGAAGACUAUUGUGUUCUUGCGAAACCCUGGAAACAUUACAGCCCCAUCAUUUUAUCGAUGAAGAAGGAAACAUUAUAACAAAAGAUGUUUGUUUACCAUGCUUUGUGCCUCUUAAAUGCUGUGAUGUAAACUGCCUUGGAUCGAUGUCGCUUACACCCAAUCUCACAGAAUCAAUCGUGGUUGUCACUGAGCAAGGUCGGUUUCUGUUAAAGGGAACUAAUUUUGUUUGUGAUAGUUGCCAUACUGUUAGGAAAGCCACUAUCGACGACUAUAUAUUUUCUGGUUUUUUCCCUGCAAGUUUAUCAGAGAAAGUUACAUAUCUUUUUUCAGAAGAGGCACUUCUAUUAGGGUAUCACAUUUCCCACAAGUGUCCAGGUUCUUCAAAGAACAUGUACGCUCGCACUCUUGAAGACGUAUCUAAAGAAUAUGGACGGAAUGGACCGAUUAACGUACCGUUAUUUACUACUGCGGAAAGAGAGUGGGAAACCUGUCGCCACUAUAUUGACCAAGAAGUGCUGAAAAGAGACAAAACUCAUUGCCCAAGUUGUGGGAAAGAACCUUUAGUCAGAUCUUCUGACGCUAUCGUAAAAUUGAGGCGCUUAAGCUCGGCUGGAAAAGUGCACAAUCCAGAAAACGAAAGAACAAUGGAACAGCCACAGGCGAGGUUUGGAAACAUAGUUAUCAAAUCCGAUACAGAAGUUGAAAAUUUCCGUCAAAGGAUUUACAACAAAGUUUCUACUACAAAAAAGAAACAGAUGUGUGGGGGAUCGGCUUUUAAGGCCGCAAGAGAAGACUCCAAUGAACAAAAGAAGUAUGACGAGACUGGGCUCGUCGUUAGCUCUUGCAAGCACUGCGUUGUACCAUACGCAAUCAACAUGUUUAAAGGUGAAUCGUGGACCCAUACUGCAUUUAUGCACAACGAAGCCAUGAAAAGUAACGCCAAAUUCUUCUGCUACGACGUGGUAUGCCAAUACUGGAAAUGGAUGAAAACAAAAGUGGCUCGUCAUUUUCCUGAAUACCGUAAUCUAACAAGUGAAAUGACAGGAAUCUUGCCUAUCAUGCAUAAGAAUGCACAUCAAUUGCCAUGCAAGGUAUUAUAUCAAUAA